CAUAGUGGACUAUCAAUUAACGAAAAGGCCCAGUCCAUUGCCGCAUGAAAGCAAAUGUCAUGCCCGCGAAGCUUUUCGUUUUGAUUUUUUGAAAGGACAAUUAAGCCGCCAUCGCCUGCUCAACAAAUUCACAACGCCACUUCUAUUCAGAUCUAUCCAUCCACUUCAAUCAUAUAAGAAAGAUGAAGGGAGAGCUCCUGGAGUGUUGCCCGAAACUAGAAGCCGGUGAUGUCUCAGGGCUGAGUGCUAUACUGGUAGCAACAAUUCAAGAAGCAAAAGACAGGAUUUCUCAAAUAGAAUACAUAUUCUGUAACCAGCUUUACCCGAAUUAUCAAACGAAAUCCAAGAGCUUGCUGAAAAUUUAUUCGGAUGCGGAAGGGGUGUGGAAAGAAAAGGAAAAAUAUCUCUUGGAGCUUAUUGAGAAGCUUCGGGUUGAGAAGCAGGAAGUUGUUGAAGAAAACAAGCUUCUCAAGGCUGGGAAGGAAAAGUCGGCGGGGGAGCCGAAUGAGAAGGCAAAUGUGCUGCUUGCUAUACUAAGAAAUCGAGAAUCGAAAAUUGAUGAGCUGGAGCAGGAGGUUAUGAAGAAGUAUAAGGAAGUUGAUGAGGGGAUGGAAUUGCAGAAUACGUUACUUCAGUUGGUUCAAACGAAGGCAGCUAUGAUUGUGGAUAAAGAAAGGGAACUGAAAACGAAGGACGAGAAGACCAAUGAGCUGCUUGCUAAAGUGAAGAGCUUAGAGAAACAUGUUGAAGAGCUAGAAGAGGAGGUUAGGACGAAGACAGAAAAGGUAGCAGAGAAAACAGAGUUGGCAAACAGUUUGAGCAAGAAAGCUUUGUCUCUAUUGAAACUGAUUGAGGAUAACGAGAAGUUCACGACUGAGAAUGGAAAGGAGAAGGAACAACUUGUGUGCAAAGUGGAAUGUCUGGAGGAGAAUCUUGGUGGACUUAAAAAAAAGUUAAGGGAAAAAACGGAAGAAAUUGAAGACGGGAGAGUAUUGCAAGCUGAAUUACUUCAACAAAUUGAAAUAAAUGCUGUGGAAAUCUUGAAGCAAAAAGAACAGUUGGAGAAGUCUGAGAAUGAUAAAAAGGUACUUUUAGACAAAGUGAAUGGGUUAGAGGAGAAGGUCAAUGAGCUACGGGCAAAUCUCAGUAGCAGCGUUAAAGAGGCUGAAAGAAAGGUUUCGUAUGAAAACUUGCUUCACGGAAUUGAAUUGAAGGAUUGUGAGUUGCUGGCUGAGAAGAGGAAGAUGAGGGAUUUGCAUGGUCUCUACAUAAAGUUGAGGUCUCAAUAUAAAUAUCUCUGCACAAAGUCUGGUCUUACUAUGAAGAAUUUGCUUAAUGACAGAUUAGAAGAUGAAAGUGGUUCCUUGAAACAUCAACUGACAACUUCAACUGACCGUGGGAACAAAAAUGUUGAUGCAUCUGCCGCGCCUUGUGAGAUGAAGGAAGUCAAGACUGAAAAUGAAUUUAGCAAUGUCUUGGUGGACAAUGAAGUUGUGAAAUCAAUUCCAAUCGCAAACAUCAAAUCUCCAACUUCUGGUUAUGCUGCACCAAAAUGUCCUCCCACUGUAAAAUCCGCUCGAAUAAUUGGCACAAAGCGACCUGCAUCUAGUUGGAUAGAUACUAGAUCUCGUCAAGGAAAAGAUGGGCCUGACCCUCACGACGAUUUCCUUGAUACCCCAUUGGAGAACCUGAGGGCAGACUUGGACAAAGCCAUGAAGGAAGAAGUUCAUGAUCCUCAAGUUGUAGUUCAGAAAGAAAAAAACAUGGACCCUGGCAGUUCAGAUGAUGAAACGCAGGAUACAAAUGUUGAUCGUAGCCCUGGGGAGCAGCGGGUGCCAGUUCCAAUAGAUGGAAAAAGAGGUUUCAAGUAUGUUGAACCAGUUCGAAAGAAAGCUGAGCGGCAAAACUUGAAAGGAGUUCAAUGCAAGCAGUGCAAAAAAUUCUAUGAUGCAGUUCUUCCCAAUAAUGGAGAAACAUGCAGUGUACGCCAGCAAACCAACGCCCAUAUCGCUAUUUGGCACCAUCAGUGAGAAGGGAGCAGCAUUGUUGUAUUGUAAUCAAUGAGGUACGCACCAUUUAUUACAUUGGAACAUGCAUUGCUGUAUGAGAGUCUGACUUCUGCUAUUGUGUUUGCUUCUCUUCCCACCUAACAAUAUCAUAAAUUAAUGCUGUGUGAGAAAUUUAAGUUCUAUCUUCGAUAAAUGCGCGCGAAAAAGUAUGGGCAUGUGCUAUCUUAUGCAAACAAUAACUGGUUCAUGCCGCUGCUUGUUAAGAGCUUGCUCAAAUCCAAUGCAUUGUGCUAGGGUAUCUUAAAUAGGGCAGCAGAUCAUAACUAUUGUCUAACCUCCUCGCAAAAAAUGGAAGUUGAUUUGUUUCUGCGCUUCGUGCACAGUGCUAGCAGUUAAAGAAAUUGAGGAACUUUAUGUAUUCAUUGAUUAUUUCUUUUUGAAGUGCAGAAAGAUAUAUAGCCUUCACUUCUGUUCCUCCAGGCACCGAAGGCCUUGAAGAUAGACCGCACAUCUAUGAAAAUAAUAAGUAAAGCAAAUCUUUUCAUACAAAUAAUGCGAAUCUCUUUAUGAUCCUGCUGUUGUUGAUCACGUGGAUGCUGUUUUUGCAUAUCCAAAAGCAGAAAAAACAAAAAGGAAAGUGCUUUGGAUUUCCUUUAGUAUUGCUUUUGAUUUUAA